AUGAGAAUUUUACUUAUCACAGCACUUCUUUCUUUGUGUCUUGCUUUUGAAGAUUCUCAAAACAUCCCACCAAAACCAAAUAUCGCUCAUAGUUGUCAAAAACAAGAACCUUCUUUAGUGGAUAUGCUCAAAAUGUUAAUUAAAAACGACCCAUCACUCUUAGAAACUGGUGUGAAGAGUGUUAUAAAUAAAAUGGCCCAAGAUUCAAUUAAAGACCUCAUGCAAGGAAAUAAAAAACGGGCUGGGGAAGAUCCUUUUGGUGAAUAUGUCAAAACUGCAGUUGUCAAAAUAAUGCUGGAACAAGCAAAAGCUCAUCCUGAGGCUGUUGAUGCUUCUUUGUUUAAACAAGGUCAACCCAACAAGAACGCUCCUGAUAACACUGAUAAAAAAUGA